CUCCAUAAUUCUGUCUGUUCUGGCCAUUUGAUCAAGGCGCAUCAUAUUUGUAAACACAAACAAAUUAAGGGUGCAAGACAUUUUACAGCAUCACCAUGCUCCUCAGAAACUUAGCAGCUGAGCCAACAAACUCCAAGCCGUACCAGGGAGUGCGAGUCAAAGACCCCGUGAAGGAACUGCUGAGGAGAAAAAGAGGAAGCCACAAUCCUAACAGCGUCAAAACAUCACCCCCUACCGCUGUGGUGAUUCCAAACAACAUUUUGCCAUAUACUCAUGUUGGGCCUUCAGGUGUUGUGGAGGGUAGGCCCAGUGGUGUUGGUGGGGAUAUGGUGACGGAUGCUGGGGCUCUCUACCCUGGAUGGCUGACCCAGCCUGCAGCUCCCACCCUGCAGCAGGUGAGCCACUGGGCGCCCUCGGACUACCUCCAGUCCGACACCGUCCCCGUCCCAGUCUCGUCCUCCGUCUUCUCCUCGGACAUGUACGUCCAGCAGGUCUGUCCGAGCUACACCAUGGUGGCGCCGUCAUCCCUGCUGACUCUGACACACACGCCACUCUUCACCAACAUGGCUAUAGCUCCAACCUCGGCAGCAUUGCCGACGGCAGAUUUCCACGAUGCGUCCCUGACUUACAUCCCCUGGCCACAGCCCCUGGCCACUCUCCCCAGCUCUGUCAUCCAGUACCCAUCCUGCUCUGCCACUUUGCCCGCCAGCGCCGUGCCUCCCAUGAUGGCCUCUGUGACACCCGUAGCCCCCGUGUCCACGGAACACCUCACCGUGCCCCUGCCCGAGCCUGACCCUCAGGAGAUGGAGGAGCCCAACCCGCUGGAGAAGCUUCUAGAAGAUAACCCCAAAGACUCCUACGUCUGCAGCCCCUCGCUGUUCACCCAAGAGGUGUAAAUUCUCCCAGAGCCCAACAGUUGCCCCAAUAGAAAUAGUGUUCAGACAGGCAGGUUUGUACUAGGGCAUCGGUUGUGCUUUAGGACUAUCUGCUGCAGCCUAGCGCACAGGUUCCUGCUUGUGUUCUCGCUGUUAUUGUGAUCAAUGAUGUGUGUCAUCCUCUUAUGUAUGGGGCUCUAUGUUUCUCUAAGAACAUCUGAGAAGAGAGCAUCAGAUUUUUGACUACGAAUCUGCUAUUGAUUGAUUAUCAUGUUGUGAUUGAUUGAUAUUGAUUUAUUAUCAUGUUGUGAUUGAUUACUAUAAAGUCCUAUAUUUUGUUCACAAA